GCGAGUCGACUCUCGGUUCAGAGAGUUGUGAGUCAGAAGCUCGUGAGGUGAGCGGAUCGAGAGCAGCGCCCGGCCGCCUUUAACCCUAAACAUUCACAGCUUUUCCUCCAGAGACUCCGGGAGAAACAUGGAGAAGAAAAGGUGGGAGUGCUCGGCUCUCCCAAAUGGUUGGAAAAGGGAAGAAGUGACCAGAAAGUCGGGCUUGUCCGCGGGGAAAAGUGAUGUCUAUUAUUUUAGUCCAACAGGGAAGAAGUUUCGGAGUAAACCACAGCUGGCCCGAUAUCUGGGAAACUCCAUGGAUCUCAGCUCCUUUGAUUUCCGCACAGGAAAGCUGCUUAUGAGCAAACUGAAUAAGAACAGGCAGCGGAUUCACCACGAUCACAGUCAGAGCAAGGGUAAACCUGAUCUGAACACGUCACUGCCGGUCCGACAGACGGCGUCCAUCUUUAAACAGCCCGUCACCAAGGUCACAAAUCACCCCAGCAACAAGGUUAAAACAGACCCUCAGAAAGCUGUCGAGCAGCCCAGACAGCUGUUCUGGGAGAAAAAGCUGAGUGGACUCAACACCUAUGAUAUCGCAGAGGAGCUGGUGAAGACCAUGGAUCUUCCUAAAGGAUUGCAAGGUGUGGGUCCGGGUUACACAGGUAACACGCUGCUCUCGGCUCUAGCAAGCGCCCUGCACACCAGCUCGGCUCCCAUCACGGGUCAGCUGUCCGCCGCGGUGGAGAAGAACCCUGGAGUCUGGCUCAACACCACACAGCCUCUGUGCAAAGCCUUCAUGGUGACGGAUGAAGACAUCAGGAAGCAGGAAGAUCUGGUGUAUAGCGUGAGGAAGAGGCUGGAGGAAGCGCUCAUGGCAGACAUGCUCGCACACAUGGAGGAAGCCUCCACCGAGGCCAAAUCUCUGAAGGAAGAGUCCACCGACGAGGAAACCGAGUCUGUAUAGCUGGAUGAGAACGACCUGGACGAUUGUUUUCUUCCUCCCCAAACCCAAAGACGCACUCCGACUUGAGCUGAUCUCUAUGCAGAAUCCCACCCGCUCUCCUGCCUUUCUUCUCCAACUCUACUGUGAAUGUUUGACUAACAUUUCAAGCAGUUUUAUAAAACCAAAUUCACGUUUUUUCUAGCUUUAACUUGUUUGAAGUGGAUUUGCUCUAUUUUUGUACAGUGCAUUUAAUGUUUGGCUCCAUCAUGUCCAUGAGAUUUGGGUUUUCCAGCAUAACGCAGAGGGUUUGAGUGAGUUCGACACAAUAUAUUUCCUUUGAGUAUGACACAAGUCCAGUUUUUUUUUUUUUUUUAUUCAGACGUCGUAAGCUAAUUUCAAAUCAAGAAAGUUUUACACAAAUUAGUUUUUUUUUAUAUACAUGCAUACAAACGAAAUGCCAUGUUGUUAUGACUUGGUUAUGGAAAUAAUCUUCUAGUAGUACAUAUUGGUUUGUGAUGGCUG